CCGCGAUUGAAUUUUAUUAAUGGAGCUUGGACUCACGGAAUCUGAGAAGAAUGAAAUUGUUCAAGCGACUCAGGAAAUGCUGCUUGAACCUUUUGGCUGGCAAGUUCGUUCAAAUUUUCGAAUUAUCGACCUCAAGGAAUCGCAUUACGAGGAAGUCAUUCACAUGUUAAAACAUCAUUUUCUCACAACUGAACCAAUGUGCAAAGCAUCUUCUCUAUUGUCGGAGCCUGAUUCUGUAAAAUGUUAUCUGGAUAUGAUAAGAGUGUGGAUGAAGGACACGACAAGCAUCAUAGCAGUGAGUACAUCAACGGGACGCGUAAUAGGAGUCGCCAUUACCAAAAUUAUCAGUUAUCUCGAUAAAACUGACACGUAUACUCGUAUUCAGAUAUAUCGGGGAAACGCAUUGCAGAAGGUGAUGCAACUACAAAGUGCAUUGGUGAAGCAAGCACGUGCGUUUGAGCAAUUGAAUAGCGAAUCGCAUCUUCGCAUAAAAAUACUCUGUGUACAUCCGACAUACCAGGAUCGUGGGUUAAGUAGAAAUCUCAUUGAAAUUUGUCUACGAGUCGCUGAAAGUCUAAAAAUACCUGCAGUAGCUGGAAUUUUUUCCUCCGGUUCAAGUCAGCUGCUAGCUUUAAGUAUGGGUUUUCGAAAACUCGCCGAAAUAUUGUACGGUCGCUGGGUUAUUCAUGACGAGGUUAUUUUUGAUGAUCCUGGCACUGGUAAUUAUUCAGCAGCUUUUAUGGGCAUUCGGGUGGAAAUACCUGACGGGGGAACGAUCGAUGAGAAAUCGAAAAGUCAGAAAGAAUUUGACUGGGCGAGACAGUACAAACGGAGCAAUAAAUAAUAUCUUAGUUACCUUCAGAGACCAAAGAGAAGGAACUGUUUUAUCCGUCUAUAUGAGACACUAAAUUCCAAUUAUCAUAGGUGUAUAGUAAUUUACGAUUUUUUUAUAAAAAAUUAUUGAUAUUAAAUAUCUUAAAAAUAUUUUUAACCAAAAAUUUAAUUAGAACGUUUACAAAAAUAUCGUGUCGGUAAGUUACCAUCGGUUGGUACACCAGAACAUGUCCUUUAAUAUUUGCCGAUAUUAUUUGUCUGCAACGAUAUCAAGAGU